CCUAUCCAAAAGCCUAACUAGACAAAUAUACAGGGCAGAGCACCAUAACCUCCAAACUCACCCAAAUGGCUUCCUCAUCCAUCUCCAACUUUCUCUCUCUCUUCACUCCAUCAAAACCACCCACUCCCCCACCCAAAGCACCACCUCCAAACAUUACUCUCUCUACCCAUUCUCUCUCCUCCUCCUCAUCUUCUUCUCCAUCUUCAUCGAGAAACAGAGAUGGGUUGGUCCCGCUGGUCAUGUCCAACGAAGCUCAUCAAAAUUAUUACAGUCCCGUAUCAUCAUCUUCAGCUGAUCUUAUGGCCGUUGUGUGCCCAUCACUCGCAUACGCCAACACCCUCUUCUUUAGAUCGGCCUACAACGUUCAGGUCAUCGUCGACGAUAACGAGCCCGAAGAGAAGCUGCUCAAUCGCUUUCGGAGAGAGGUCAUGAGAGCUGGUGUCAUUCAAGAAUGCAAGCGAAGGAGGUUCUUCGAGAACAAGCAGGAAGAGAAGAAGCGCAAGACUCGUGAGGCCGCCAAGCGCAAUAAGAGAAGACGUACGCCAUUUAGACCUCAAAUACAGGAUAAGCAGGAAGGCUCUAAGAAGAGGGAGGAAGUUGAUGAUGACAACUGGGAACUUCCUGAAGGAAACCUUCCCUCUUGACUGCGGCAUUUCAUGCUCCCUUUUUACCUUUUGGACUCUGCUCUUUUGUUGUGAGGACGCUUUCAGUCCAUGUAAGUUACCAGGGGAAUGAUGUUAUUUGAUUUACCCAGUACAUUCUCACUUUUAUUCUUUCCGCAACAUAAUAUCAAUGAAUAGUUAUGAUUAUUCA